GCAAGCGCGCCGCGUCCACAUUCGUUUCUAUGACCAAGCGUGCAGAUAAAACACGUUCUCUUGAUUCUGUCAGCCAUUUACCCCGUCAAACGACUCUCCCUUUCAUUUCCCCGUGUUUCACCAUCUGAAUGAGGAGUAAAUAAAAUUCACUGUAGCCAUGUCGGUUUCCGAGCCAGCGUCAGUGGCCUCUGGCGGAGCGGGAGGGUACGGAGCCUUUUACCCGGCUGGAUACCAGGCGUUAAACCCGGAGGAGCACGGCCUAGACCGCGGCUUCCGACUCACGGCCUUCUCCGAUAUGAAGGGAUGAGGGUGUAAAGUCCCGCAGGAGACUCUGCUCAAACUCCUGCAGGGACUAGAGUCGGACCGCCCGCCCGGAGAGGACGGCGGCUCGGGGGCGGGUGUUGGAGACGACACCGCUGAAUUCGGACUUGUUUCAGUUGCUCAGGGUCCACGACUAGGUAUUGGAAUGGACUCCUGUGUGAUCCCUCUGAGGCAUGGAGGUCUUUCCCUGGUCCAAACCACAGAUUUCUUCUAUCCUUUAGUAGAGGAUCCUUACAUGAUGGGACGAAUUGCUUGUGCAAAUGUUCUGAGUGAUCUGUAUGCCAUGGGCAUCACAGAGUGUGACAACAUGCUCAUGCUUCUCAGCGUCAGUCAGAAGAUGAAUGAGAAGGAGAGAGAUCAGGUGAUGCCUUUAAUGAUGAGGGGCUUCCGUGAUGCAGCAGAGGAGGCUGGGACUUCGGUAACUGGGGGACAAACAGUCAUCAAUCCCUGGAUCAUCAUCGGGGGUGUGGCUUCUGUGGUGUGCCAACCCAGUGAUUUCAUCAUGCCGGACAGUGCUGUACCUGGAGAUGUGUUAGUUCUGACUAAACCUCUGGGAACUCAAGUAGCAGUGAAUGCCCAUCAGUGGCUGGAUAUACCUGAGAAGUGGAACAAGAUAAAGUUGGUGAUAUCCAGGGAGGAGGUGGAGCAAGCUUAUCAGGAGGCUAUGCUCAAUAUGGCCACCCUCAAUCGCACUGCUGCUGCCUUAAUGCACAAAUUUAAUGCACACGCUGCCACAGACAUCACAGGCUUCGGGAUCAUAGGUCACGCACGGAAUCUCGCCCAGCAGCAGAAAAAUGACGUUGCCUUUGUCAUUCACAAUCUUCCCAUUAUCUCCAAAAUGGCCGCAAUCAGCAAGGCUGGUGGCAACCUGUUUGGGCUUUUGCAGGGCACCUCUUCUGAAACAUCAGGUGGUCUGUUGAUAUGCUUGCCGCGGGAGCAGGCUGCCCGCUUUUGUGCCGAGAUGAAAUCCAGUCGUGUGGGUUUGUCGGGAGCUGUGGGGCAGGACGGAGGGGCGGGCGAUGGGCAACAGGCUUGGAUCAUUGGCAUCGUGGAGAAGGGCAAUCGUUGCGCCCGCAUCAUUGACAAACCUCGGAUCAUAGAGGUCCCGUACCGUGGCUCUGUGGUCAGCGCACAGGAGGGGAGCAACAAUAAUGCCAGUCCUCCUGAGGUGCAGCUGACCUAACAACACCACAGCGCCAUGGAGGCUCUCUCAGUGAUCAUCAUGUCCUGAGUGAGCUUGAUAGAUUUGAGUGUGUGUGGCCAUAACAGACAUGGAGUUUGUGUGAAGGACAGAGUAUGUGUGGUUACUCCUGCUGUCCAUUUCCUCCCCCUGUUCAACCGAAGGGUUGAGAGCAACAGACCAAAAAUGUUUUGAUUUACCUGGUGGGAGAUGGAAUGGACAACAAGCAAACAUAUUUUCAUCUCUCAUUCUCCAACUCAUUCUUACACAAACACACACACACACACACCUCCACUUUGUUUCCCUUAUUUGCCAGUUGAGCUGUUUUUCAAUGUUUCAGCUGUUUUUUUAAAGAAUAGUUCACCCAAACCACACCCAAGCUGAAUUAUUUACCCUCAUGUUGCUGAAAACCUGUAUGCUGCUAUAUGUUCAUUUUUUAAAUUUUUGUGGAAUACCAGCUGCAAUUUUCUGUACAACUGAUCACAGUGACCAUGUCUAUCAAAAAACAUCAUGAAAGUAGUUUUUCUGCGCUAUUUUCCAAGUUUCUUUAAGCCAGACAUUACAAAAAGUGGUUUUCUUACUGUUUUAUUUUCUAGCACAAAUAUCUAAACUUUGUCAACCUGAGAGGCAAGCCGACAUCUUACUUUUUUUUUUUUUUUAUUUUUUAAGAAGCAUCAAAAUGAGAUGAGUUCCUGCUUAAAACAAGAAAAAAUAGGGUAUGAAUAAACUUGCUUUCCUCUUUAAUUAAGCCUUUUCCUUAUUAUGAUUUUUCUUACCACAAAUAGUUUUUUUCUUGUUUUAAAUUUAAACUCACUUUUUUUUUUUUUUUUUCAGAAAACAGACAGAAAAUCUUAUCUUUAUGCUUCUCAAGUAAAAGUUAAAUGAUAUACUGGAAUGGGAAAAAAAUACUGAGUAAGAAAGUCACGUUUUGCUAUCAUCAGACAAAAUUUGUUAAAAUUUGUGAUCUGUCAACUUGAAUAAGAGAUCACUGAAUAAGUGAACAAUUAUGGUUAUAAGAAAAAGUGCUCAAUUUCCGUUUCAUGUUCCUCUGGGAAAAAUAACAACACACGAGUUUAGAAUAAAAUGAAGUUGGGUAAAUAAAAUAAAAUGUACAGUUUUGGGUGAACUAUUCCUUUCUCUAGAAAAUGUUUGACCAAAAACAAUUUGGGGGACUUUUUAUUUUUUUCCAUAAAUGAGCUUAAACCUUAUCAGGAGCUUAAUUCUUUCUGCUUUAUGAGGUGGUGGCUUUGGGACUUCACACUAAAAUGAAGCCAGGCUUAGUAAGAAAACAUUCCAAUGAGUUCCUGAUCAAUCAAACGCUUUGAAUAGCAAUGAUCCUAAAAUGACAAUCAAAAGUGUUUUCUUUUAAGCCAUCUGACAGCUGUGUCAAAGCUGGACACACUGUCACACCAAUGUAUCCUGGGGCCUGAAUAAUCAUAAUUGUUGGUUUAAUUGUGAUAUUUAUUGGUACAAUCAAUAUUGAAUUUGUCAAAGAUUUAAAUGCAAUUAUCCAAAUUUCAAGUGUUUUUUUAGGUGAUGCUGAUCUUGUACAGUCCACAUUGGUCUGAAUGUUCCACCUGUUUUAAUAGGACAUUCUUGUAACAUUGACAAAUGCCUGGUAAAAUUAGGUUAAUGUUCUCUCUUGUGGUUCGUUUUUUCUGAAUAGAGUGACCUUACACUGGUUAGAUUAGGUUAGACUGGUUCUUCAUUCAUUAGAAUACAUACAACAUGUGUCAUGGUUUUGGGGGCAGCAGUUAAUUCUGAAUGAUUGUGUUGAGACAUAUGGAUGACGUGCAUCGUAAACUCUUUUUCUUCUCUCUCACUCAGUCUGUUGAGCAGAAGAUAAGGUAGUCUGGUUCUCUCCCUUGUAUUUGAGAAAGGGUUGAGCAGCUUUCUCUGGUCCAGCGGGUGAGCCCAGAAUGCCGUUUGUGCCAAUUGAAUGGCUGGGACAGAACAGCAGUGUCCGCAGUCCUCUUUAUGACACCUCUCUCUCUAAACCCAGCUCAUGGGAUGGGUGAGGUUGAUGUUAGAUAGGAAGGGAUAGGCUGAUCUGCCAUGUUCAUUCACUUGCCACUGGUUUUGUCAUUGCAGUUUUCAUCCAAAAUAAACCUGUAAUUUCUCUAAA